ACUGGCAGCGGCUGCGGCUGCGCAGUGGCGCGGGCGUAGGCGGAGCGGCGCGCGCCGCGGUCAGCUGACUGCUGGGCUGGCACGUGACUUGUUCUGUGGUCGCUCGGGUAGAGGAAGCCGUGAGGCCGGAGCUUAGGUCGGGAAGGGAUGGAGCGCUGAGCCGAUAGCGUCCGCUAGGCUGCCUGCCUCCGCACCUGUUACUGCUGCUACUUCCUCGUUUGACACCUUCCUGGAAUCUCUCUUGAUUUUUGAGGAAAUACCUAGUAACAAACAUGACUGAGUUCUGGCUUAUAUCUGCUCCUGGGGAGAAAACCUGUCAGCAAACAUGGGAGAAAUUGCAUGCGGCAACUUCAAAGAACAAUAAUCUUGCUGUCACUUCCAAGUUCAAUAUUCCUGACUUAAAGGUUGGCACGUUGGAUGUCUUGGUUGGCUUGUCAGAUGAACUGGCUAAACUGGAUGCAUUUGUAGAAGGAGUGGUUAAGAAAGUAGCUCAAUACAUGGCUGAUGUAUUGGAAGAUAGCAAAGACAAAGUUCAAGAGAAUCUGUUGGCUAAUGGAGUGGACUUGGUUACUUAUAUAACAAGGUUCCAGUGGGACAUGGCCAAAUAUCCAAUCAAGCAGUCCCUGAAAAAUAUUUCUGAAAUAAUUGCCAAGGGAGUAACUCAGAUUGAUAAUGACCUGAAAUCUCGAGCAUCUGCAUACAAUAACCUGAAAGGAAAUCUUCAGAAUUUGGAACGAAAGAAUGCAGGAAGUUUGCUAACUAGAAGUCUAGCAGAAAUUGUGAAGAAGGAUGACUUUGUUCUUGAUUCAGAGUAUCUCGUCACAUUACUGGUAGUAGUUCCCAAGUUAAACCACAACGACUGGAUUAAGCAGUAUGAAACACUAGCUGAAAUGGUAGUUCCAAGGUCUAGCAAUGUUCUUUCAGAGGACCAAGACAGUUACCUGUGUAAUGUCACCUUGUUUAGGAAGGCAGUUGAUGACUUCAGACACAAAGCCAGAGAAAACAAAUUCAUUGUUCGUGACUUCCAGUAUAAUGAAGAGGAGAUGAAAGCAGAUAAAGAGGAAAUGAACAGGCUUUCUACUGAUAAGAAAAAACAAUUUGGACCUCUUGUACGGUGGCUGAAAGUGAAUUUUAGUGAAGCAUUUAUUGCAUGGAUUCACGUGAAAGCAUUACGGGUUUUUGUUGAGUCUGUUUUAAGGUAUGGCUUGCCAGUGAACUUCCAAGCAAUGCUACUUCAGCCCAAUAAGAAAACUUUGAAGAAACUGAGAGAAGUAUUACAUGAAUUGUAUAAACAUCUAGACAGCAGUGCAGCAGCUAUUAUUGAUGCUCCUAUGGAUAUUCCAGGUUUAAAUCUGAGUCAACAAGAAUACUACCCCUAUGUGUACUACAAGAUUGAUUGCAACUUGCUGGAAUUCAAGUGAAAAUGGGCUCCUCCCCCGGCAAUCCUGUCCUUGUGUUGGUGUGUGCUAACAGAAAUAAGUUGCAGUAUGGUCGUACUUUUAACUCUAGUAUCCUUUGCUUGCUUCUUACCCCCUUUCCUAGGUGAAUUCUCCCACAGUGGUCUGUAGCUCAACAUUUUCUUUUUAAAGGAAAAUAUAUAUAUAUAUUGUUUCUUUUUAUUGAUCAGGUCUGUAAAUGUGUACUAAAAAAAAAUCAGAGUUUAUUUAUAAACAGAAUAGUUUAUUUAAAGAGAAGGUCUUUUCCUUAUUGAUAUCAUGGUAUGCAUUAAUUCCAUUUGUUACUAUUGUGCACAAAAACCCUGUUCGCAGGGGAAUGGUGUAAGCAUUUAUACUGUUUUGUUCACUGUAUUUAGUAGACAUAACUGUUGAAUAGUUACUGAAUCAUGAUGUAAAGAAUAUGUGACCAUCUUCAGGUAUGGGAUAUCUGAAUGUUUCAAAUUUCAAUCAAUGAGCACUGUCAACACCCACAGGAGAGAAUAAAAUUACCUGUGCAAAGGUGUAUUGUGGUGUGUGUAACUUAAGAUUACAGUUCUGUUUGAGAGUUAAAUGAUGUCAUAGCUCACUUGCUAUGCUACUUCCAGGAUUUUGUUAUAUGCUGAGGUGUAACCAUUUGUGUUGUCUGACUUUCAUAUGAUUUAAUUGAGCCAAAUUUGGGUCAGAACACAAAUUUGAAGAUUACUUUUCAGUAUGUGAUGGGUAUUUACAUUUGAACACUAGAAUUUUAGGUCUCUCAAAUAAUUAAGAAUAGGGCCAGUUUUGAAUAAAGUCUAGCAGAACUAUGCAGCUUUA